CAAGGUCAUCAUGGUCCAAGAAAAUGAUACCUACAUCCAUGAGUUCAUCCUCUUGGGAUUCCCUACCACUGCAGAGCUACAGGCCCUGCUGUUUGUGAUUUUCCUCGCCGUGUAUUUGCUGACUGUCACAGAGAACAUCGUCAUCAUCGCUUUGGUCGUCACCAAUCCCCAGCUCCACAAGCCCAUGUACUUCUUCCUGGGCCACCUGGCCUUCCUGGAGGCCUGCUACAUCUCCGUCACCGUCCCCAAGCUGCUGGUCACCCUUGUGACGAGGAGCAAGAGCAUCUCCUUCGCAGGCUGCAUGGCCCAGCUGUACUUUUUCAUCGCCCUGGUGUGCACGGAGUGCGUCCUGCUGGCCGUCAUGGCCUACGACCGCUACGCCGCCAUCUGCGCCCCGCUGCGCUACGCGCUGGCCAUGAGCCGCGGGGCCUGCCUGCGCCUGGCCGCCGCCUCCUGGCUGCUCGGCUUCCUGGUGGCCGUGCUCAAGGUCUCCUUCAUCUCCCAGCUCUCCUUCUGCGGGCCCGGCCUCAUCAACCACUUCUACUGCGACAUCAGCCCGCUGCUCAACCUCUCGUGCGCCCAGCGGCGCCUCGCCGAGCUGGUGGACUUCGUCGCGGCCUUGUUCAAUUUGCUGAUCCCCCUUUCUGUCAUCGUCGUUUCCUACGCCUGCAUAAUCAGCACCAUUUUGCUCAUUCCCAAGGCCCAGAACAGGAAGAAAGCCUUCUCCACCUGCACUUCUCACCUGGCUGUGGUGGUCAUUUUCUUCUCGGCCACGCUCUUCAUGUAUGCUCGGCCCAGGAGUGUGAACUCCAGGGAUCUCAACAAGCUGGUUUCCAUCAUUUAUACCAUCGUCACCCCAAUGCUAAAUCCAUUCAUUUACUGCCUGAGGAACCAGGAAGUAAAGGACACUUUAGUGAAGGUCUUGUGUAGCAGGGCUGCUCUCUCCAGAGUUUCUGCAUCAGAUCAUUAAUGUAAUGCUUGGGAGAUAAUCUUCCAACUGAAUGUGUCCGAAUCCUAUGAAGGUCUGAUAAGAUUUUUACUUUGACAGAAAUGGUUGUUAGGGUUCUCUUUCAACAUCAGUGCUUAACAACUCCUUCUCCCGAGUCAAUCUGUAUGUUCAGCUAAAAUCUAUGAACCUAUGUCAAUGUAAAAGGUUUUUAUAACUGAACACAUCACACAUCAUUCCUGAGGAGCAGAAAAGGCAAUAAACAUAAUUGCCUUCUCCUAAUUUAUUUGUUUUGGUAUGCAUCAAAGAACAAAAUUGCGUUCUGACCUUGAUCCAACUUAACAUGAAACUAGGAUUCAAGAACCUGAGGCACCAAAUAAAUUGUUAUGUCAACUUUCUUCACAGGAAUGAGGAUGGGAACUUCAGUAAUUCAGACAAUAAAUCAUUUUAGAUAGCUGUGAUGGGAGA